GUCUCUGGAUCGGCGCCGCCCGUGCGCGCCGUUGGCGCAGUGGCCAAAGCGGCUGCGGCAGCUCCGGCGCCGGAGAAGGCUUACCUGGCCUUGGGCCUCCCAGCACCGCAGACAGAGCGCGACGCAGAGGACGACUCUAUGGACGACGAGGAGUCAGCAGACGCCGGCAAGGCUGCAGAG